GGCUAAUAAUGGUUUCGUCCUUUAGCGUAUUUUGAGGAGAAGGACACGAUCCUCGCAACUGUUAGUGGUAUUUUCACAUGUGAUUUCAAAACAUGGCGAGGUUUUUGAGGCCUAACGUCCGGAGUUUUCUCACCUCACAGCUGAGAAUGUCAUCCGACCAGCUGGGCGAGCUGGGUAAAGGUGCAGGAAAGGGAGGUGGUGCAGGAGGGUCCAUCAGAGAGGCAGGUGGCGCCAUGGGGAAGAAGCAGGCCGCUGAGGAGGAGAUGUACUUUAAGCGUAAGGAGCAGGAGCAACUGGCUGCAUUGAAGCAGCAUCACCAGGAGGAAAUUGACCACCACAAAAAGGAGAUUGAACGAAUGCAACGUGAGAUCGACCGCCACAAGGGAAAAAUCAGGAAGUUGAAGCACGACGACUGAGUGAAACCCUUCUUGGGGACAAAAAAAAGUUCCAGUAUUUUCAUCUAACUAAACUCUGUCCAUUAAACUAUAAGUAGUUGUUGUGUAAAAGCUUGAGUUGUUAUUAAAAACAUUCAAGGACUGAA